GAUUAGUUCCAAGUCCACUUCGUUUUAUCUAAUUCAUGUGCUAUACUACAAUGUUUAGAAAGCCAUUACACUGCAUACGACAUCUUGUCCAUAAAGAAUGUCGUCGAAUUAUUUGUGCACGACAGUUGUACACAGAUGACGUCGCUCCUAUUGGCACCAGUCCAGACACAAAUGCUCCAGAAUAUCAGGAGAACUAUUCUCGGAUGAAAAGUCUGGUGGAUGAACUCAAGUCAAAAGUAGAUGUAAUUCUGCAGGGUGGAGGAGCUAAAUCCAGAGACCGUCAAACCUCGAGAGGAAAGAUGUUACCAAGGGAGAGAAUAAAUACGCUACUAGAUGCAGAGUCUCCAUUUCUGGAACUGAGUCAGUUGGCUGGAUACAAUCUGUACAAGGGAGAAGACGUCCCAGCUGGAGGCAUCAUCACUGGGAUUGGUCGAGUUUCAGGGGUGGAGUGUAUGAUAGUAACAAAUGACCCCACGGUGAAAGGUGGAUCGUAUUAUCCAAUCACAGUGAAGAAACAUCUCCGGGCCCAGGAUAUAGCUAUGCAGAAUAAUCUCCCUUGUAUAUAUCUAGUCGACUCCGGUGGUGCUAAUCUUCCAAGACAUUCGGAAGUGUUUCCUGAUCGCGAUCACUUUGGUCGGAUUUUCUACAACCAGGCGACAAUGUCAGCUGCUGGUGUUCCUCAGAUUGCUGUUGUGUUGGGAAGCUGUACGGCGGGUGGUGCCUAUGUCCCAGCCAUGUCGGAUGAGAGUAUUAUCGUACGCAAACAGGGAACUAUUUUCCUGGCAGGUCCUCCACUUGUGAAAGCGGCCACAGGGGAGGUGUGGUCAGCAGAGGAUUUGGGUGGGGCUGAUUUACAUUGUAGUCAGUCAGGAGUUACAGAUUACUAUGCUCUGAAUGACGAACAUGCACUGCACCAAGCUAGACGAGUUGUCAGUAACCUCAACUACAAGAAAACACCUAACGUAACAAUACAAACUCCAGAAGACCCACUUUAUCCAGCAGACGAAAUAUACGGUAUUGUCGGGGGCAACCUGAAAAAGACAUUCGAUGUCAGAGAGGUUAUAGCAAGGAUUGUUGAUGGCAGCAGGUUUGAUGAAUUCAAGUCGAUGUACGGAGAAACUCUUAUCACAGGGUUUGCUCGAUUGUGGGGCUAUCCAGUUGGAAUAAUAGGAAACAACGGCGUCUUAUUCUCCGACUCUGCCUUAAAGGGCACGCAUUUUAUUGAGUUGUGCUGUCAACGUGGUAUUCCAUUAAUAUUUUUACAGAACAUCACAGGUUUUAUGGUUGGCCGAGAAGCUGAGGCAGGUGGGAUUGCUAAAAACGGUGCUAAAAUGGUAACAGCCGUUGCAUGUGCCCAGGUCCCCAAGUUCACCGUUAUAAUUGGCGGGUCCUAUGGAGCAGGGAAUUAUGGGAUGUGUGGAAGAGCCUACAAUCCACGGUUCAUGUACAUGUGGCCCAAUGCUCGAAUCUCGGUGAUGGGAGGAGAACAAGCAGCUAACGUUCUAGCACAGAUCACCAAAGAACAGAGAGAGAGAGAGGGCAAAACGUGGACAGAAGAGGAGGAACGUGCAUUGAAGGAUCCAGUCAUUAAGAAAUACGAUGCGGAAGGAAGUCCAUACUUCGCUAGUGCUAGGCUAUGGGACGAUGGUGUUAUUGACCCCAAAGACACACGUCUUGUAUUAGGACUCAGUCUUAGUGCUGCGUUGAAUGCCCCAGUCGAACACACAAGGUUUGGAGUGUUUAGGAUGUAACAUGGUGCAAGCUGGUCUUAAUGUCUUCAGGGAGAUCAAGAUCAUUAGUUCAGGUGUGAGAAACAGGAGCAAACUUUUAAUUGACUGCUAUAGUCAUGGAUUAUGUAUUCUCUCAUCGUCAGGUAUAUAGGACAGAAUGGAUGGUAGAAAAAGACUCCAUCAUAUGCAAUCAGGCCUUGUCCCAGGUCGAAAUUUUCACCACCUCAGGUGUACUUUUUUUUAUCACACAUGAGCACAUAUGAUGGAGUCUUAUAUCAAAGACAUAACAGGAAAAUUAACUGGAUCAUUUAGUCACAGUUUCUGGAUGGUUUUGUCAUGGAACACGCAUUAAAGACAUCAGAGGAAAAUUAACUGGCUGGUGCAUUCAUGGAUUAUGUAUUAAAGACAUCAAGUGAUCUUUUAUACACUUUCCACCAGAUAUAACAAUUGUGAUGUACUGGUUGGAAUGAGAAAAACAUUGGGUUUACCCAGGGAGAUUGAUACAUAGAGGUUAUCAUACGAGCUGGUGUCAUACUGAUUUUAUGAAAUGAGUGUCGGGAUUUUUGUAUUACCUGAGCGAGAACAUCCUUCAUAAAAACAGCACAACACACAUGUGAGUGUAAUAAUUUCUGUAUUAUCCAUAUUAUUAUUGUUAUUUUUGAUGAAAAACAAGGACCGUCUCAAAAUAUUUCAACCACAACCAGAAGAAGAUGACGAAAUGAUGUCAUAUUUCACAUGCAAAGUCUUAGCUAGGACUGGGGAAAACAAUGUCAUGUUAUAACAUUGCUUCAGAAAAUUGUUAUUACACGUGUGCUUUGUAUGAUAUAUUAUUAUUAACUCAGUUAUGUUGAACCAAGUGGAUAAUAAUACCAACCAUGACACCUCAGGUGAAUGUUCUACCACUGAACUGCAUCUCUCAUAUGCCAGUUGUAGAACACUGUUUGAAAUGGGAGAUCAUUUGAUAGGUGAAAUUAUGUGAAUCAUGCUGUAUUUGAUCAAUUCAUAUUCAAAUGUUUGAGGUGCUUAAUAUACUGAACAACGAAAGAAAAUCAUAUUUUAAUUAAGUUUUAUUCUUACACACCCGUUGGUGAGAACACCAUGCAUUAUUUUUGGUUACAAAUUUCAAGACAUAUAACUGGCUGCUCUUAG